CAGAGGGGAGGCGGGCUCUGGAGUGCUAGUGGGGCGCGCUCCGCGAGAGGCGGAAGCCGGACUCGGGCGCGGCGCUGCUGGAGCUGGGAGCCGCCCACCCGGACUCCGCCGCCUGGUACCGCCGGGAAAGCGUCCUGGUGUGCAGCUGGCUGCUGGAGCCGCAGCCGCCGGAGCCACGCACAGGUUCCCCCGCCCCCUGGCCCUGGGCGCGCCACACCGAGUUCCUACCUCCCCAGAAGCUACUCUGGCCCGGGACCGCCUCCGCCCGGCCGGAGGGAACUAGCGAAGGCGGCGAACGCUGGGCCGGCAGCCCUCCCUCUGCGCGCUGCUUAGGCUGCGCCUUCGAGUCGCUGACCCACUGCACUCACGCCCAGAGAGCGGCGGAUUCCCACCCUCUGGGGCCCCCGCACAUCCCGGCCCUGGAUGAUGCCCCGCCACAGGACGGUUCCCGUGUCCUCUGGAGAGGAUUCUCCAAGGCGUCUCACCGGAUGGGCCAGUUCAGAAACGCCAAGAUCCACGUGGAGAGAGCCGUCAAGCAGAAGAAAAUCUUUAUGAUUCAAGGCCGCUACCCAGUGAUCCGGUACCUCCUGCGCCAGAGGGGCUGGGUGGAGAAGAAGAUGGUCCACCAUCCAGGCAUCACCCUGCCAUCACCGCAGAGGGCUUUGGUUAGCUCCGUAAUGGGUGAUAGUGACACCACAGAGGAUGAGGAUGAAGAUGAGGAUGAGGCAUUCCAGCCACCACAGCUGUUCAACUUUGAUGUUGACCUAGAUGGGACACAUGCUCUGAUGUCCCGCAUGGUUCGGCAUGCGAUCCCCUACUUCAUCUGGACCACUCGGCGGGAUGUGCUGGACUGUCGUUUCCUUUCCAAGGAUCAGAUGAUAAACCACUAUGCCCGGGCAGGCUCCUUUACCACAAAGGUGGGUCUGUGUCUCAAUCUCCGGAAUUUGCCGUGGUUUGAUGAGGCUGAUGCUGACUCGUUCUUCCCGCGCUGCUACCGCCUGGGGGCUGAGGAUGACAAGAAGGCCUUCAUAGAGGACUUCUGGCUGACAGCUGCCCGCAACGUUCUCAAGCUGGUGGUAAAGUCUGAAUGGAAGUCAUACUCUAUCCAGGCAGAAGAGGAAGAGAUCCCAGGAGACAAGCAGCCGAAGAAACAGGAGAAAAAGUCAGUGGCAGUAUCCCCAGAGUUUGUGGAUCAGGCUCUGUGUGCCUGUAAGGAGCACCUUAGCAACCUGGCCCACAUGGACAUCGACAAGCAACUAGAGGCCCCACUGUACCUCAGCCCUGAGGGCUGGUCCCUCUUCCUCCAGCGCUACUACCAAGUGAUCCAGUGA